CUUUGACUUUCUAGAUAAAUUUCUGGAACUAAGAGGUGUUGUAAAAAUUUAGAAAUACGUAGGAUUUUUUUAUAGGAAAAGAAAUCAUAUUAAAAACAUUAAUAUGUAAAUUUUCAGUUGUAAUAAAUAAAAAAUCUGUAGUAUAUAUCCUUACAUGCGCUGUACUGUUUUUACCCAAACAUUUAACAUUUCUCGAGUGCUUCCAAUAAAACUGUACCUAUUCGGUUUUAUAACAAUUACCCAUUUCAACAAUUCUGUUUUUAUUAGUUCAUAGUGUUUUGUUAUCAAUUGAAUUUGUGUCUAAGCUAGUUGAACUACUGGAUCUCAACAUCAGUGAUAUCAUCUGCAAUCCCAGUUAACGGUGGACAGCGGCGGCGGUGGCUCUGCCGAAGUAAUGGUGUACUCGCUCGGCUGGGGCAUGGGGGAGCCGGAGCGGCGCGCGGUGGACCGCAAGCGUGCGCAGCCGCCCGUCGCGCACACGCUCUCGCCCGACGACGGGCACGAGGUGGACGUGCUGCCGCUACACAAUCAGGUGGGCGGUCACACCAGACUGCUGGUGCUGAACGACAGCACAGUGAUCAAGCCGCUCAACAUACGCGAGCUGCAUUUCUACCAGAACAUUCCCGAGGAUAUCCAGGACUUUGUCCCCCGCUAUAAAGGCGUGAUGCAGGCCUCUAACACGGGCGGCACCAAACUGGACAAGCGCUACUCGCCAUGUUUCCGCGACGAGAACGGGCGCAAGGCGUCGCUGGGCGGCAAGCGCAAACGCGACGACGUGUUCAAAUUUAAAGUGCACCGAAACGGCAAUGCCAACGAGGUGCUAAAGAGCAUUGCGCAUAUGGACAAUUCAAACAAGCAAUAUUUCCUGAUGAUGGAGAACAUAACGUCGUCGUACCGGCGGCCGUGCGUGCUGGACCUGAAGAUGGGCACGCGCCAGCACGGCGACGACGCCAGCGCGGAGAAGCGCACCAAGCAGAUCGCCAAGUGCGCCGCCAGCACCUCCGCCUCGCUGGGCGUGCGCCUCUGCGGCAUGCAGGUGUACAUGCCGGAGAAGGGGUCGUGCGUGCGGCGCGACAAGUACUGGGGGCGCGCGCUGUCGGAGAGCGGGCUGCGCGAGGCGCUGCGCGACUUCUUCGCGGCGGGCGGCGGGCUGCGCGCGCGCGUCGUGCGCCGCGUGCUGCGCGACCUGGACGCGCUGGGCCGCGCCAUCGCCAAGCAGACCAGCUACCGCUUCUACUCCACCUCGCUGCUCGUGGUGUACGAGGGCGACGUGCCGCCCGCGCCCUCGCCCGGCCACUUCGACAUGUCCACGCUGCACGACGAGAUGCCGCCCGCGCCCUUCGUGCACUCGGAGGAGACCAUGGGCGGCUACGAGGAGGGCGAGGCAUGCGCGGCGCCCGAGCGCCAGCCGCCCAGCCCCGACUCGGCCGACAGCUGGAUGGCGUACUCCAGCACCAGCAGCGAGUCGUGGCGCGCGGACGCGGAGGCGGAGGCGGCGGCGGAGGCGGAGACGAGCGGCAAGCGCGCGCGCACGCGGCCCGCGCCCGCCGCGCCGCCGCCCGACGAGCGCGUGGACAUCCGCAUGAUCGACUUCGCGCACACGGCGUGCGCGGCGGCGGCGGCCGAGUCGCCGCUGGCCACGGCCACGCCACACCACGGGCCCGACUGCGGCUUCCUCACCGGCGUCGACUCGCUCAAGCGCCUGCUGGGCGAGAUCCUGCACGCGCAGCCCUACAGUUAGUGACUGGCGGCGCGCACGGAGCAGCAGACACACGGCGCACCAGGUGAAUGCGGGCGGUACAAACAUGUUCGUUUUAAAGUAAACUAUUAUAAUUUCGAAGGGACCCAGUAGCUAGUCUAAAGUGUAUUCUAAAUAUUACUGUUAAGUUAUUCCAGAUUGACGUGCUUUUGUAUACAUGUACGAUAUCCUCUCGGUUGAACUGCUCCGUCUCGUCGGCCGUUUCAAAAAGAUUUCCUUCAGAAGCGAGUAGACAUUCCCUACUGUUGUUAGUUAUUUUGGUUUAUUGCUUGAAUGUUAAGUGCAAAAAUGUUUAGAGUGUGAUAUUCUGAAUUGCAUUUACGGAACCCGAAUUGAAUUAAUUAAAUUGACAUAAUUAUUUAAUUUAAUAUUAAUCAAUCAAUAAUACCAAAGUAGAAAAAUAAACUAACAUUGGUGAAAAAUUUAAUGAUUGACACACAUGUUAUACUUUUUGAUUAAAUAGUUCAACAAUAAAUAUAACAGUUAAAUUUGAAUUUAUUUGGCUACUGAAUUUCGAGCUAUAUCUAGACGUUUUGUAAAAUUGUGUAAUAUAAAGAAAAAAAAAAUUAUAUUAUAUUGAGAUAUAAGCAGUAUUAUUAGAGUUUGUGUGACAGUAAGCUUAGUUUGGACAUUGAUUUAAAGUUGGCGUGGGUGCUAGUAUGUGAUACACUGCCAAGACGAGUGACACGGACACUUUGUAUGUACCUUGGAGUUUGCUACGAUAGUGUAAUAACUGUUCGGUCGGACGCAGUAUGUGAAUCAGCUCGAAUGUGAAUGUGCCGACCGUUGUCGCAGGGCUCAGACCAAAUAACUUCUAUUUGGACUUGCACCGCACUAAAAUUCACCAACAAAAUAGGGUAGUUGACUCAUAUCAAAUUUAAUAUAAACAAUUAUAAUUUCUUGUAGUACAUGGAAUAAAGGUCAAUUAAAUAAUAAAAGUUAAGGAUUUCUUAAAAAGUUCAAUUUAAAUAUCACGAUUUUUUUUUCAAAUUUUCCAAAGAUCUGACGACAUCCAUUUUGUGACGUCAUUAACACACUUGAAGUACUAAACGGCGAACUAAUUGUUAGCUAUUUUAAUAACAUUGGAUUAGGAUUUAUUACAGUGAUGUCAUGAAACAGAUGAAACAUAGACUGUCGUGGCCGACAGGCGUUUUGGCUCAUAUUGUCAAAAACACAUUUAAAAACUAAAAUGUUCAUGUAAUCACGUCUCAAAAAAAAAUUAAAAAAAAAUUUAGUUAGUAGAACAAUAAUGAACUAUUCAAAAAAAGUGUCAACUAGCCUAUUGUCUGUCGUUUUUGAAAGGGACGAAGUAAACUCAGACAUUUAAAAUAUUUAACACCAAUAAAUACAAUCUUUACACCACACACAAAAUUGUAAAUUAUAAUACACACAUGUAUAAAUUUUACACAAUCAGACAUCGAAUCUAUAGACGCAGUUUGUAUGGACACGUUUGAUCAUGAUAGCAUAUUUUUGACAGAAGGGUAACCUCUAGCGAGGCAGGUCCUGUAGAAGGUAAUUGGUCUGAGUCGCAGGGCCACAGCCUUUUUUGUUGAUGCCUUCCUUAAAUAAUUUUGAAUUGAAUUAUAAAAACUUUGAUUGCUUAUGCGUUUGAGACAGGUCGCACUUCCUAUUAGUGUUGCCUCAGGAUAAUUCACUAGCAUUGACGUAUCCUAAUUGACAUAUACAAAUAUGUCAAUUAUAAAAAUGUCAUGGAUGCUUACUAAUGGAUAUCACAUUGGUAAUAGUACAUUAUGAUAUAAGUGCGUUAAGUUGAAAAUUACAGCCGAGGCGAUAUUGCAGCUCGAGCCAAAGGCGAGAGCUAUAGUAAGGAAGCAGAGGAUGUAAUUAUCAAAGCGCACGUUUGUCAUACACGUUUUAUAACACAUUUGCGAGGAAACACUUUGAACACACUUUCUGAAAACGAAUUUGCAUCUUUGCCUGUUUUUCUUAUGAUGAAAUUUUGAUAUGCUUGUCAUUUUUGUACAGAUAACGAAGUGCUUGUUUUUUAAGACAAAUGCACCAAAAACAGCCAGUAUUACUAAUAAAGUAAAUUAAUAUUUUUGUGUUACUGAUACAGAUAAAGGUUGACAUUUAUUGUCAAAAUUAUUAAAAUUAAAGAAUUAAAUGGCUUUUUAGUAUAUUAUAUCUCACAAAGUUUAUUUUAUUUAAGAACUUUUCUGACAUAAAAACUCUUUGCCAAGAUUUAAAAAAGUACCGUUCGCUUUUAGACAGAUGACAAAGGUCUUAUAUUACAUUACGGCACAUGUGCAUUUUACUUUACAUUACGGCACAUGUGCGUAAUGAUAUACAUUACGAUAUUAAAAUUGGUGAAAUAAGCGAUACUUUACGAGCAAAUGUGUUAUAAAUGCCAUAUUGUGAAUUGAUUUGAUGUUUAUUUUAAUAGGUUUAUAAUAGACCAAAAUAGUGAAUAAGCCAUCUUGUGUCACUAUAAAAUGUUCAUAGGACAUUUCACUAAAACGUUAAUUAAUUUGUUUGUCAUUGUAGAUUGAAUGUGUACAAUUUUCAUUAACCUUCUUAUUGUAUUAUAAACAUGUCUUAUUUAUUAAUUAAUUUUGUCGGACAAAACGAUUUUUGUAUACUUAUAUACCUACCUAAAAUCUAUGUGAUAAAAAUAAAUGAUGAUUCACAUAGGUAUAUAGAAAUUUAAUUUUAAUUAAAAUAUUAUUAAUUUUAACUUUUGUGGUUUGAAGACAGGCUACAUUACUAGCAAAGCGAUGUCGAAUGUACUCGCGAUGACUUUUAUACAUACAAAUAAAUAAAAAUGAAAUAUCAGUUAGCAAUUUUAAUGGUUUCACUGAAUGCUUAUGAAUAAAUUUCACUAUAUUCCCACCCAUUGAAAUAAACCAUUUUUUAAAUCUUUUGUCUGUGAAACAGACAUUUGGGUUAUGGCUAUUCUCUGAAACAACUGUACCGAUUGUGAUGUGACUUUCACUAGCUGAUGUUGUAUGUAGUAACUUAAGCCGUAGGACACAGAUCGUGUGCCGACUGCUUAUCUACAAAUAAGCGCUAGGGAUAUGCAAAUAUUGUCCAGUUGUUGUAAGGGAAAUAGACUAGGCUGUGGCGCUGCCACUUGUGUCGGCCGACAUUCCUUUGUGCUGCAUUAAUUAUUGUUUGUUAAUAUUUUUUAAUUGUGGGAUAUAAAUUUAUAAAAAGUACCUGGUUUAUUUAGGAUGCUAGGAUGUAUUAUAAAUUAAUUUUACGUCUGUUAUUUUAAAUAACUGUAUGACACUAUUUUGUUACAUAAAUUUUAAGUGUAAAAUAUUUUUUUCUUUCAUUUAUAAUUAGCACUAUCUAAAUGUAAUAAAAGUAUUUUGACCCAAA